GUUCUGGCGUCGUCUCGGUCGCUCGCGUUUCUCUUUCAUUUUGAGUGCUGUUUUCGUUGGCGUGCGUUCGUUACACCGCUUCUCGCAGUUCUUUGUACAUUUCACCGGCCGAAAAAACCCAAAACAUCAACAGCAAUGGCAGAUAAGAUCGUCGAACAACCUGAAGUAGCAGUUGAGGAAGUCGAAAAAGACCUGAAGGAAAAGAAGGUCGAGGAGGUCGUAGACGCUGAGGAGAAGGCCGAAGACGCCGAGGAAGAAGAAGAGGCGAAGGAGAACGGCGCCGAGAAAGAGACAAAUGGCAAGGAAGCCACCAACGGCGACAGCACACCCGCAGCUGACGAGGAGGAGCAAGACAAGUGCUGCAUAAAGAGGAAAUCCACCGGCGGUGAGACGGAGGAAGCGAAAGCCGACGAGGUGAUUCCCGAAAAGAAGGCCAAAUUGGAUGAGGACGUGCCCGCGGAAGCAGAGUCCAACGGCGCUGAGGUCGCCGCUUAGACGAGGCGCGUCUCUUUCCACAUUCGCCGUCACCCCAAGUCCGCAUUUUAACCACCGUCGCCACACGCCGCAUAUUACAGAGACUAAACAACAGCCGAACAUAUUUAUAUCACAAUCCUUCCUAUGACUAAUUUACUAUUACACCCUCCGUACCACACGAUUCGUAAAUUGAUCAUUCGCGCGUGACACGACGUUCUUUUAAAGUUUAGAUAUCAGCUGAUAAGUUGAGAGUGAGAAGACGCAGAAAGUAAACUAUUAUUUUUUAGGAAAUUGCAUUUAAUUUUAGUCGCACUUACAUAAUUUAACGUUUAACAUUCCUAUACAUACGCUGCGUGUAAACAUUUGGUUUAAUUAACGAAUGCCGCAAACGAGAAUCGACGCAAGACUCGAAUAAUAACCUAAACUAACCACUAUACGACUACUUGGUGCGUUUGUACUUAAUUGCUACUGGAAUUUUUUUACUUAAUGUUUAGUAUUGUUAAUGUACGCAACGGAAAUUCUUGCUUUUUGGUAUUAUUUGUAAUAAGUUUAAUUUAAUUUUAUAUACACGAUAAAUUAUUGCGUUUGCGAGCCGGACCGAAAAUAUGACACGAGAGUUAUUUAGUGGAAACCGUAUAUUGUACAGUUGGUAUUAAUUUUUUUUGGAAUUAACCCGCGACGCGACGAAAAUGAAUUUUGAAUGCAUUGUUACGAACCGAGUCGGAAUCUCAUAUCCUCUCUCACAUACACACGACACGCGUUGAUUCACACGAAAACAAUAUUUAUGACAAGAAAUUGUAUUACCUAGACUUAAAACGAAUGAAAGCUCUGCCAUUGCCACGAGAGUUGUAAAACACAUUCACACACACAUACACACAGAAAAAGAGCGAAUUUUAUGUGUUCAUAUAUCAUUACCUAUCUUAUGUUGAUGCUAAUAUCACCAACAGCUGCAAAUAAACAAUACUUGCGAGAGCAGUUGAUCCGUAAAGUGAAGAUGAGUGUGGAUCACUUUAGUUUUAACCACCUGUAACUGUACUGAUUUGUAGUUUUGACCGAAUGUGUGUGAUGUGAAGGUGAAGCGCAGUAUUAUGAUGUGAAUUUUAAUCAAAUAGUUGACAUGUUUGAUCUAACAGUAUAUAUAUAUCAAAGUGUAUUAAUAGCGCAUUGAGUAAAGUUUAAUGUAUGUAUUCAAGUUUGACGCUUAGUGGCUAACUGGACGAAUUGGUACAAAUUGCAAACAAAUGUGACUAAGAUUUACAAAAAACAAACAAACAAUACACGUGUACUUAUAUUGGUAUGGCAAUAAAGAGUUUAGUUUCCGGA